AGCCUGGUUUGUGAACCUGGCAGAUUUAGCAAAAAACUAACAACAUAGCCAGGGAGUUCAGUGGCAUUUGAAUUUCAAACAGUGGAUAAUUUUUAGCAUAAGUAUUUCCCAUGCAGUAUUUGGGACUAUACUACAAAGUUAUUCACAGUCUCUCUGAAAUUCUGAUGUGACUGAGCACCAUGUAUUUUAUUUUUAUCUGGUGAUCCUAGUGAGGCCUCUGGGAGCCAGUGUAAGCCUUUAGAGGGGGUCACAGAGUGAGCAGAUGUGGGUGUCUUAGACACCCUCUCUGGAGGUAUUUGAGGGUAGUGAGCCUGAAGGCAGAAGAACCUACCAGGUCUGAACUUUAACUCCGAGCUUUGGAGUAUCCAAAAGGCCUCAGAGUCACAGGAUGCCCAGUUCAUUAGAAUUGUGGCCAACCCCCACGGCAAAGGAGGUUUUUCUCUGAGACUUCCCUACCCUUCCUCAACCCGCCUCCAAGUGGUGCUUAUCUCCUGCCUCCCAAAAGUGCACAGCAGAGUCCAGCACCCUACCAAAGCAUGCAUCAUCAGGAUUCUAAUUACUGCUUUCAAAGUGUUUUAAAUAAUAAAGGUAAUUCAUGUUCAGGAUAGGACAAAUAGAAAAUUAAUUCAGACCAGAAAAAAAGGAAUAAAAUCAAUCCAUAUUCCCAUAUUCCCACCUCAAGCUUCUGAUAUUUUCCAAGGACAGAUACACCACCCCUGCUUUUUUUCAAGAUGAGAUUUACUUGAUAGAACAUGAACAUCUUUCCAGGUACCAAAAUACUAUUCUGUAACAUUAGUUUCAUACAUUUGUUCCCAAAUGUUUACUGAACACCUACUAUGUGCCAGCCACACUACUAGGCAUUAGACAAUCGGGAUAAACAAAACAAAUACAUUCCAACAUAUUCUAUUUUGUGGAAGGGAGAGAGAGAGACAAUAAACAGAAGAGGAACAUGACAAAAUAUAUAACAAUAUAUGUUAAAUGCUAAGAAAGAAACAGUCUACAGAAUAAAGAAUAUCAGGGAAGAUCUUCCAUUUAUGGAAAUAUUAUCCUUUAUUUAACCCAUCUCCUCUUACUAGAUCUUUUUGUUAUUUUCAGUUUUUCUAGAUAAUAAUGCUCUCAUGAACUUUCUCUCUAGCUAAUUCUUUGUGUCCAACCAUAAUUAUUUCUUUGGGAUAAAUUUCUAGAAAUGGUAUUUCUGGGUGAAGACAUACAAAUUCUUACUUUCUUAGUUUAUCUUCAGUAUAUUUAGACACAGUUUUGUGUUUCCUCUAUAGUUUACAUUUAUUUUUAAAAGAGCAUGCUGUAAAAUUUAAAUUUAGGGGGAUGGAUAGUUUUAUGCAUUUUAAUGCACUCGUGGUAUAGAUUCAUGUGCUCACCACCAAAAUUGGGACACAGGAGAGUCCCACACUCCCUCUAUGGUCAAGCCCUCUCCUCCCCCUCCCUCUGCACCAGCAAUCUGUUUUCUGUCCCCAUACUGUUGUUGUCUUUCUCAGAAUAUCACAGGGUAAAUAAGCAGAGUCACACGCCAUGUCAGUGUGAGACUGGCUUCUUGUACAGACCAUACGCUGCUUUUGAGAGCUCGCCGUGUCAUGGCUUGUCCAAAGAGAGCUCGCUAGGUGAGCCAGAGCUACCGCCUGACUCUGACACCGUGGGGAUGGACAGCAGCUACCUCAGUGCGAAGGAGGCUGGGGUGAAGGGGCCCCAGGACCGGGCCGGCGCUGACCUCCCCAGCCCCCUGGAGAAGGCCGACUCAGAGAGCAACAAAGGCAAGAAGCGGCGGAACCGCACCACCUUCACCAGCUACCAGCUGGAGGAACUGGAGAAGGUCUUCCAGAAGACCCACUAUCCCGACGUGUACGCGCGGGAGCAGCUGGCAAUGAGGACGGACCUCACCGAGGCCCGUGUACAGGUCUGGUUCCAGAACCGGAGGGCCAAGUGGAGGAAGAGGGAGCGCUUUGGGCAGAUGCAGCAGGUUCGAACCCACUUCUCCACCGCCUACGAGCUGCCCCUCCUCACCCGAGCUGAGAACUAUGCCCAGAUUCAGAACCCAUCCUGGAUCGGCAACAAUGGGGCUGCUUCACCAGUGCCAGCCUGUGUGGUUCCCUGUGACCCCGUGCCUGCCUGCAUGUCCCCUCAUACCCAUCCCCCUGGCUCUGGGGCCAGCGGCGUCACCGACUUCCUGAGUGUCUCUGGGGCUGGCAGUCAUGUGGGCCAGACGCACAUGGGCAGCCUGUUUGGAGCGGCGGGCCUUAGCCCUGGCCUCAAUGGCUACGAGCUCAAUGGUGAGCCGGACCGCAAGACCUCGAGCAUUGCGGCCCUCCGCAUGAAGGCCAAGGAGCACAGUGCAGCCAUCUCCUGGGCCACAUGACAGGGCCCCUCAGACCCAUCCCCAAGCCCUCCCCCGCCUUGGGGCGCUGGCCACGUCCAUGCUUUCCAGGCCCCCCAGCCUCCCACUUGGCUUUCCUCUUGGGAAUCUGACCUGGGCCAGGGGUCUGACCCUCAGCACUUUCAGUUACCCCAAGUCUGAGACCCCAUGGACUGCUGGAAGGGAGGGGGCAACAGGCUUCUGUCUUUCCCUGGCACUGAGGCCAACACCCCUGGUCCUGGCUAGAGGCAAUGGAGGAAGUUAGAUGGCCAAAUUUUGCAGCUUUGCAUCCAUUAUAAGCUGAAGACCCCUUUUCUCCACCCCUGCUCCUCCACCCUGCCAGGUUUGUCUGUUGAGUCAAGGACAGUUUCCCAUCCAGACCCAGCAAGGGCACCAGGAAAGUCAUGUCCGUCCUUCCCUCUAUUCUGGGUCUCCUGGUCACCAGGCCGAUGACUGUCUGAAGAACAGGCUACCCUGCAGAGUGGCCUCCUGCCCUUCCAUUUCCUUUUCUCUUACUAAAAGCCUAGGGAAUCCAACCUCCUGUACCCAAGGCACUGGCCUCACCUUCACCCUGAUUGGCAAGGAGCCCCCAUCCCGCCUGUCCCUUGUGCUAGACACACCUGGGGGGAGUAGGCCAAGAAGAGGAGCUGGAGCAGAAGAAUCCUGGCCUAGGGGGAUGGACAGUCCCCAGGGGACAUGUUCUAAUUCCCUCGGACUCUGGAGACUGAACCUAGGUGAAUGCUGCAGGAGGAGGCUGCCGACCACCCCAGUGCCCACACGCUGGAAGAAGAAAAGCUUCUGGAGAGAGGAAGGACUGCAGGGAGGUGUGUGGGGCGGGGCAGGGGCCCGUGCACACAUCUCCACUCCACAGCCUGCCUGACAUCCCGCUGCUGACAGGGAGCCCGUUACGGUGGAUCCAGGAGGAUCUGGAGGCCCUUUUCCCUUUCCCUGCCCCAUUCUGGUCACUUGCUGGGACUGCUGAGCAGUGUCCUGGCAUGGAAGGACUUACCCCUUGGAACCCACAAGCUAGGGCCUGAGGUCACAGCAGAGGGUCAAGAGCAGCAUGCAGGCUUUGCUAGAGAACACCUGUCCAUGUUCAGCCCCCGGACAGGUAGGUCAGCCCUUACACUGCCUAGACUGCUGCUCCCUCCAUACCUGCCAGCGCUUUCCACGGUGGGCCUGCAGGCAUGAGGCAGAGAGAGCUUGUCCUUGCACUUCUUUCCUAGGGGAUUGGAAUUCAGAAAUCUCAGCUUUUCUCUCCAGCCUCUGGAAGGGCUCUCGGGCUGAGCUCCUCUGGGUCAUCUGCUUUGUUCCAGGUGUGGCAGACAGGAUGCUCUCCAGAAGCAGUUUCCCUGCAUGCACAAAGGGGCCUCUCUCUUGGGAGGGGGGGCUCCACUCCUGUCUAACUUGAGACCUGAAACUUGAGUUUUGGCACCAGGUCCCAGCCAUCACCUAAGCUUGUGGUACACAGUACCAGUCCUCCAAGGCAGGCCUUUCAGAGCCCCAGGAGGGCCCUCCAGCAGGUACCCCUGGGGAGAAGUACUCGCCUUCUCAACUUCCUAUCUUGAUUGUGUCAGGAGGGCCAGUCCAGCAGGCUCAGGUCCUGGACACAGGAUAGCCUCUUGGAUUGGAUGGAGAGGAAUGAGAUCCUCUGCCUUUGAGGUGCUGGAGGUGUAGAGGAAUUACAGCUUCCACCUCUGCCUCAUGUUCCCAUAUGCUCUGGAAACAAGACCAGGGAAGGAUCUGGCUUUGGCCUUCCUUGAUAAGAGUCAGACCUCUCUGUGAACCAUAGCUCUAAAAUUGAUCUUCUGGAAGUGAAAAACAUCUUGGACAUUGAAUUAAAUGUUCUUGAAGGCUUGGCUUUAAAUGUCUCAAAUACUUGAGGGUCUUGGAAUGACUCCUGAAUGCCUUUUCCAGUUCUGAGGUUCGCUGAAAUAACUCAGACUCCCCAGAAUCUAGGAAGGGAAAGGAAGCAAGAGCUUGAGGCUGGGCACGGUCUCACUCAAGUGCUCUAGUGGCUGGGAUGGUAUAGGAGGAACUUCCACCAGAGGUUGUCCUCACCUGGGCAAGAGUCAGUAUUGAGAGAGAGACAGGACAGUCCCAGAGG